CGUUCAUGCGCGGUGGAUGUGCCGUUCUUCUUGAAACGAAAUUUUACUUCGAUUUGAUGUUUUCUUCGCCGUUCGAACUCGAAAAAUCAACCUUUAACGAUAAUCUUGAAAGAACAGUUAAUAAUUCAUCGUCUAUGCGCUCCAUGUAAGGAGCAGCGUUAUAUUUAAGUUAUAUUAAGAUGGCGCCCGUAUUGGUCAUAUGUCUUGUAGUAUACGCACUGAGUCUGAAUACGGCCUCUGAAUUUGUCGCGGCACCAACACCAGCUUGUCCUGCCAAAUGUGUCUGUUUCGGCAAUGUUGUCGAUUGUUCCGACGCCCAACUAUCAUCACUUCCAGACGACAUGAGCCAAUUUUAUUGGAUUGAGGAACUGAAACUUGGGAAGAAUCCUGGACUGGACCUGACGGGCAGCGCUCUGCCGUCGCUGACUCGCCUCACAUUCUUAGACCUCCAGAAGCUUGGCCUGAUACACUUGCCUGACCUCGGCGUCCUGCCUUCCCUGACGCGUCUUUCCCUACGCGACAACGCUCUCAAGAGGAUCGGGAAUGAGUUGGACGGAGUGGGCAACUUAGUACAGCUGGACGUGUCCCGCAACGACCUCACGCAUCUGCCUGCCCAUCUCAACCUGCCGCAACUCACCAAACUGAACCUGGACCGGAACAACAUCUCGCGAGUCUCAGGGACGGGUCAAGGGCUGCCUUCUCUGCAGGAAUUGAAGCUUGUUAAGAAUGCCAUCACCACCGAAACUCUUGUGUCAUCACAGCUUUUGAACAACCUGCCUGCUCUCACUAGUUUGAACCUGAACAACAACAACCUACGGGAGUUGCCUGGUCUGAUCUUCCAAGAAUGCAAGGCGCUCGAGGUGCUCAAGCUCAGCAAGAACCAACUUGUCUCCCUCGGCGACGGCGUCUUCUACGGCCUCAGCAGACUGCGAACUCUGUCUCUGGAUCAAAAUAACUUGACUUCGGUGACUAAGAAUUGGCUCUUUGGUCUGGAGUCGCUGGAGGAGCUCUCGUUGCGACACAAUUCGAUUUCAAACAUCGACUCCUAUUCCUGGAAGAACACCGCCCCCAAACUCAUAUCGCUUGACCUGAGCUACAAUAGACUGGUAUCACUACACACAAGCUCGCUGGAGGGCUUACAGCAGCUUCAGCUUCUUGUCGUCUCCCACAAUCACCUGAGUUCUAUUCAGCCUCGUACUUUCGUGUCCACACCGCAUCUCCUACAGCUGGACUUGUCGUAUAACGAUCUGCGGUGGCCGGUUGAAGAGCCUGGUGAGGCUUUCUAUGGUCUGUCGAAGCUCAUGCGCCUUGACCUUUCAUACAACGCAAUCGAGGCCGUGCAGUACAAGUCUCUUGCGCCUAUGGAGCGCCUCAGUCUUCUGGACUUGAGUGGUAACGCCAUCAGGACGCUGCAUGAUAACCCAUUUCGCCAUCUACAGCCUGGCGAAGGUGGUGAACCUGGCCAAGUGAUCAUGAACACCACGGCGCUAGUGUGCGACUGUCAUUUGCUGUGGGUGCAAGACUGGCUCAACACCACCACAAUCAGUUUAGACCGUCUUCAUGCUACUUGCAGCUAUCCGAAUGGAGAGAUCGGCAGAUCAAUUCAAAACCUAAAGAGUGCAACACUGUCUUGUGAUCACACUCCGCGUCCUCUCAUUCAGAGCUCCCCGGAAGACAGGAUCAUACUCCUCGACGCUGAUGUUGAAUUGCAUUGCAAAGCUCUUGUUGGCAGUAGAGGUGGCAUCCCCGACGUUCUGUGGAGCCGUAACCAGCAGGUCGUUGAGCCUUAUAAACUAGACAAGAAAAUGACGGUCGUCAAACCUGAUCCUGAAGGCGGUGUCAUCAGUGAACUUGUCUCAACUUUACACUUGUCUAACGUACAGCACAGAGACGAAGGUUACUACCAGUGCGUCGUGCGCAACGAUCACGGCGUCGAUUAUUCGGAUUCGGCACUAAUCGAAGUGCAAGUCAAACCGCAUUUCACCAUUCGCCCUUCUAACAUAAAUACGGCGGUGGACGGUGUCGCGCGUCUUGAUUGCGCAGCGGAUGGCGAGCCAACUCCAGAAAUAUCGUUACAGAAAGGCGGCAGUGACGACUUUCCUGCCGCGCGAGAACGGCGCUUGGUGGUCGAGCCUGAUGAUACGGUGUUUUUUAUCCGCUCGGUCACGGUACACGAUGAAGGUACCUACACUUGCACUGCUAGGAGCACUGCAGGUGUUGUACAAGCCAGUGCCAACAUCACCGUGACGCAGGCACCCUUCUUCGUGCACCCUGUCAGUGACGUCACGAGCAGGCCUGGCGAGUCGGCCGUCAUGCAAUGUCAGGGCGGUGGUCGUCCUGAGCCGUCCAUAUCGUGGGUGCGCGAGGGCGUUGUCCUUACGACGGCCGGUCGUCACGUGAACGCCGACGGUGGUCAGUUCUUGAUCGUGAUGGACGUGCGGCCUGAAGAUGCUGGAACAUACACGUGCCAACUCACCAACACAUACGGCACUCGGCGUCAAACUAUACACCUAUCUGUCAUUGACGGUCUGUUGGUAGAUGGCCACACUACUCUUGGACUUGUAAUGAUGGCUGUGGUGGUUUGCGUUGUCAUCACGUCCUUGGUGUGGGUCAUCAUCAUAUUCCACUCAAGAAGGAAAGAUCGAAGCAUGUCAGCUCGUCGCCGUCACAACACACUGGGUCAGUAUGCGGGCUCGUUAUCCUUAGGCUCCCCCCGACACGAGACAUUCCUGCCUAUUGCGGAACCCCUCCUAAACACUACUGAGAUAGUACUAACUGAUGACCCCACACAUGGCGCCGAUGUUGUUCUGGUUGGGCCGGACACGAGCUCGGAACAUUCUACUGGCAAGGACUCGGGAGUGGGCGACUCCAGUCAACGCUCCAGCGAAGACUUGAGGCAGAUCGAAGGCAUCGAAAGAGGCACAUGUGAUGUUCCUGGAACAGCCGUCUUGGAGGGGCAGCACAGCACUGCCAGCUCGGCUCUCUUGCUUUACGCUGAUCACAACGGUCAUCACUUAUCUGCUAUGACCAGAGGUGGCAGCAGCCUCAGCGUGACAACAGAUAGUGACUCUCGUUACGAAGAUUCACGCCCUCGACUUUCAACUUUUGGAAGCGGUGGUUGUGCUACACUUCGUCGACCUGCCAGCCACCGCCCAAUUCCCGUGUCCGUACCGUCUAUACUACCUCGACGUCACAUCACUACAACCCUUCCACACAAACAUUCUUUUAAAGCUCAUCAACUCGGCAAACGAGACCCUGAUAAUUUAAGCUAUUUUCUCCCGGGCGCUUCCGACCUCAUGCGGUCCCCGAGUCUGCAGCGGCCAGUUCGUUCAUCAUCACCCUGCAGGUCUCAUUUUAAAGAUCCCAAUCCGUAUUCUAGACCCUCCAAUAAACUCAUACCCACUGAUAACGCUGCAUGCAGUAAAGAUGACUCAGCACCGAGCUCUAGUCCUGAAAUGUACUCCCGCGUUUCUAGCCCUCAAUAUAUGAGUGCGGGCAUUGCUACUCAGGAUGGCAACGAUGCAAGCCCUCCUUGCCGAUCAGGGAGUCCUCAAUAUAUGUCAAGUUUAUUGAGUGCUCGUUCUGAUCACGAGCGGCUUCCUAACGGAAUAAAUCAAGGCAAGAGAUACCGUCCUAGCGAUUACUCUUCGCCGUCCAUAAUUUAUAGCCAUGCUGUAGGUGUAGAAAUGAAUGGUCUGGUCGCAGACGAUUCGCCUUCAAAUUGCAGGUCGCCAUCGUUCCCUGAUGCAGCUGAUUUACCUCCUGAAAUUGCUGUGGAUACUGCGGCACCAAGAUAGAUUAUUUUAUCACCCGCAAGCUGCUAUUGUAAUUUGGGCAUAAACGUUCUUCUUGUAUAGAAUAUUACAUAACUUGCAUUUCAUGAAUAGUCAGUCAUUUAGAGUGUAUAUUAAUUCUAUACCGCUUCAUAGAUACGUCGCGCUAUUUAUUUCCACGUGCUAUCUGAAAAUGCUUACCACUAAGUCAUAACUCAUUUCAUCCUUUCAUCUGUUGUUAUAUUUGUAUUAUGUAUAUACGGUUCAUACUUUCCUUGUGCAAUCAACGCAUGUUUAAGAUCAGCUCUACAGUUGUGUGCUACGAGAACAUUUAAUUCCUUUUUCCAAUGGAAUCUUGGUUAUUCUAACGAAUUGAGUCUGGGAGAUAACUCUCCACCGCCUUUAUAUUUUUCUCCUAUUAUAGUUUUUGAUGAUCAUACUCACGAGACUUCACCUUUUAGAUGUCAAACAGCUAAGAGCGUCGCUCGCCCCCUAGACGAUUUCCAAUAGUUUACUCGAGUUCAGCUACUGCUUUACCUUGAUGUAUGAAGCCUAAUUAUAAAAACUUUUUGUGCAUGAAGUCCACCUUCAUUGUAGUUAUUGCGGCUUCCUCUUCAUGUUGCCAUUUUAUGUGAUGAGUUAAGUGUUAGUAACGUGCUAGCGCCACAAUUAACUAUCUAGUAACAUUUACUCUUAGAACUACUCACUAAUCACUAGUGACAAGACUGGCUCCAUUAUUAGUCAUGUAUGCGAGAUUUGUAUUUUCGUGCACUCUACCACUCAAGUUCGUGCUCGAUUCGUUAAAAAUAAUUUUGAUCGUGCUGAAAUGUAAUAAUGAUCAUUUGGACAUCUGUGCAUUUGACUUCCAGCAGGAUAGCGACCUUUCAGUUUCCAAAAUACCCUUAGCUUUCAAUUUCUUGGUUACUUCGAACAGAAUUGAAGGCUUAACAAACAGAAUAUUUUUUUAUUUGUUCGUCAGUUUUCAAUCCGAAACCUGUACCUCUGGACCCAGAGCAAUCCUCUUUUUUGCCAUGCAGCUACUUGCCUGUGAUGUACCAUGUAAAUUAUUGUUAUGUUACUAAUUUUAUUGUGAUGCAGGAAUUUUAAUGCAGUGCCAUGUAAUUAACAUUCAUAGCGCUAUUGGGUUGAUGUUGUCACGUCUUCUGCAGGUUGAUACCUCAGAAGAAAUUUAGUUCUGAAUGUAUAUUGAAUGAUCUUGCUCAGUAUCCUUUAGAUAAACUCAGGCAUUCAACUUAUCAGUUUUAAAAACAAUUCUUCUACAACCGAUGGCACCUAUGAAGUCGCUGAUAUCAGUUGAAAGAGCACUAGGUGUGUAAAAAUUUGUAAAGUUUUAAUAUAAGCUGCAUAAUUA